CGGGGAGCUGUCCAUGAUCUUCCGGCCAGUCUUCCAUCCUAUCUGCGCGCUGGCGAGCUUAUUGCUUCUUCUUGACUAUUACUUUCCUUCCUUUCUAUUACUUGGUCUUCCCCCAUAUAGAAUAAUUGUCUAGCCACUCAUGGCCUCCACCGUCGAACUCGCAUCCUCCUUCAUCGAGGGUGCCCCGCCCGGAGAGCUUGCAGAUGUUGUUGCAGAUGUCAAGUCCUUGACCUCCGACGGACCGGAUAUUAUCCCUUCGCUGGCACCGGCCUUUGAGCGCUAUAAUGAGACACAGUUGGCGACCGUGAAGCUUCCAGGUGCCAGCCAAGAGGUCUUGAUCACCGAAUUCAAUAAGUUGGAAGGAAACCGGUACUUCGAUGUGGAAAGCCAAACGUCUUUUGAGGUGGACCACGUCACUCAGGAGGCUUCCGCCGCACAAUCAUAUGUCUUGGAGUCGCAGAACGCCGACUUGAUCAAAUCCCUUAUCAAGUCCCUCAGCGCACACGCCCGCGAGCACUAUCGGAACUGCUGCUACGGCGUCUACCCCGUUGUGGAUGAUAGCGCCGUCGCUAUUGUGCUUGUCGCCAAUCGUUAUUCACCGAACAACUUCUGGAACGGUCGCUUCCGCUCGAUCUACACUGUCCCCGUCUCGGCAUCGUCGACCACCAUCUCUGGUAAGAUCCAGGUGGAUGUCCACUACUACGAGGACGGCAAUGUGGCCCUCAACACAAACAAGCCGAUCAACCUAUCGGUGCCAUCUGCGGAUGCUGGAGCCAUCAUUUCGCGUAUCGCCGGUGCGGAGCGUGACUACCAAGAAGAGCUGAACCGGGCUUUCGUGCAGAUGGCCGAAGGUUCGUUCAAAAGCCUGCGCCGACAGUUGCCCAUCACGCGCCAGAAGGUCGAGUGGGAGAAGGUUGGCGGAUACCGCUUGGGACAGGAUAUCUCCGGUGGAAAGGGACGGUAAAACGGGAACUGUGACUUUGGGCAUAUAAUUCAGCCAGGAUGGAUUUGUAACGAGUAAAGGUGGUGAGAUUCACCAAUGGGGAGCAUUAGAUAGUGGUCAAGAUGCGAGGAAUGUAGAUAAGCGGGAUCCGCGCUCCGGAUAUCGCCCAUUGAUUACUGUAUCUGCCCUGGACCUUGCAGGACACCGUCUCGAGUAGCCUAAUCCGCUAACGCGUAUCUGAACUGGGGCUGUCGCAUCUGGGCGGUUGAAUUCUUU